GGGCGAGGACAGCAUGGGGCGGAGCCUGGGGAGACCUGCGGGGCGGCAUGGGCCACCGCACUCUGGCCUCCGCCCCCGCCCUGUGGUCCUCCAUCCCCUGUCCUCGCUCUGAGCUGCGCCUGGACCUGGUUCUGCCUUCCGGACAGUCCUUCCGAUGGAGCGAGCGGAGCCCCGCGCACUGGAGCGGGGUGCUGGCCGGCCAGGUGUGGACGCUGACGCAGACCGAGGAGCAGCUGCUCUGCACCGUGUACCGGCCGGACUCGGGCCCGGCGGGCAGGCCCACGCCGGAGGAGCUGAAGACCGUGCGCCAGUACUUCCAGCUUGACGUCAGCCUGGCCCAGCUCUACCGCCACUGGGGUUCCGUGGACCCCCACUUCCAGAAGGUGGCGCAGAAAUUCCCAGGCGUGCGCCUCCUGCGGCAGGACCCCGUGGAGUGCCUUUUCUCCUUCAUCUGCUCCUCCAACAACAACAUCGCCCGCAUCACCGGCAUGGUGGAGCGGCUCUGCCAGGCCUUCGGGCCACGGCUCAUGCAGCUGGACGACGUCACCUACCACGGCUUCCCCAGCCUGCAGGCCCUGGCCGGGCCGGCCGUGGAGGCGCAGCUCCGGCAGCUGGGCCUGGGGUACCGCGCCCGCUACGUGAGCGCCAGCGCCCGGGCCAUCCUGCAGGACCAGGGCGGUCUGCCCUGGCUACAGCAGCUGUGCGAGGCGCCCUACGAGGAGGCCCACCGGGCCCUGUGCACCCUGCCCGGGGUGGGCACCAAGGUCGCCGACUGCAUCUGCCUGAUGGCCCUGGACAAGCCCCAGGCUGUGCCCGUGGACGUCCACGUGUGGCAGAUCGCCCAGCGGGACUAUGGGUGGCGCCCCAGCAUCAGCCAGGCCCAGGGGCUCAGCCCGCACGCCAGCAGGGAGCUAGGCGACUUUUUCCGGAGCCUGUGGGGACCUUACGCUGGUUGGGCUCAAGCGGUGCUGUUCAGCGCUGCCCUGCGCCAGCCCCGGCCCACUCGGAAGCCCCCGGCCAAGCGGAGGAGGAGAGCUGCAGAACCGGAGGGGUGACGCCCCCCACCCGGGGGCCACGACGCAUCCAAUCAAGCAGCUGGGCACCGGGACACG